AGCUGCCUUGUGAAAUUGGUUAAAGGCAAAAGCGACUGACAGUGACCUCCAUGGUUAACAAUAACAACACCUGGAUCUGGGUGAAUCGCUCUAGCUACUAUAUACAAGUGCAGUUCACCACCACAGCUCUCUCCCUCUUCCUCCUCCCUGUGCUCUGCUAGGAUCUUGGAUAGGAUUGAUGAAUGAUAGUGUGUAGUAGUUUUAACAGUAGUUCACAGUGGACGGUGUGUGAUAGUAGUAGGUGUGAGAUCGAGAAGAGGAUAUGGAGGUGUUCAUCCACGAGGACUACGUGAACAAGCGCAACGAGGUGAGGAGGGAGCAGAGGCGGCGGCGGCAGCUGCAGAUGCUGCGGGUGGAGGGCAACCCCGACGCGUCCCGGCAGGCGCUGGAGAGCCCGAGGGCGCCGACGCCAACCGGCGCGUCGCCGUCGUCCAGCGUCAGAUCCCCAACUGCGACCGCGCUGCAGUCGCCGCCGGCCGCGGCGGAGGCUGCUGCUGCUGGUGGUUGGCCGUCGGAGCAUCGCCGCCUCUACGACUGCCUCAAGCCCUACUAGCAGGCUGUCGGCGCGACACGAGAGCGAGUGUGGUCAUACACUCAUACGUACGUGGCAUGUCGUCAGUCCAACCGAGACUAUCUCCAACAAUCGUCACCCCAAAUACAAGACCCAUCCAUUUGUUCUUUGGAUAGCGCUACAGGUAAAAGGUUCCAUACCUAUUUUUAGUCUUCUCCAACGACAAGACCUAAAAGACAACACUCUCUGCAAAUGGGUCUCGAGAAGAGAGGAUACCCAAAUUUGGGUUAUGCCUCUUCUGAUACCCAAAAUAGGUCUUCUGUAUGGGUACUCUGUUGGAGGCUAUAGGUAUUGUAUUGUGUUGGAGACCCAUUUUAGGUUUGGGUUGCCAAAUGGGUCUCCAUAGCCUAAGCGUGGAGUCUUCUGUUACUGCUCGUACUGCGUUGGUAUGGUAUCUGCCGUGAUUGGCCGUGUAUGCACCAGGUUGUUGAAAACUUGAGAUUUUGAAACGCUUCAUGGAGUUGCAGAUAUGCUGUCAGCCCUUUUUUAUCUGCCGUUGGCAA